AUGGCGUCCGCUCCACAGCUCCAAGUGAUGACUCGCCAGAGCGCGGAGUCGGGCACGCCGGAGGCGGCACCCUUGUCUCGAUCGGUGGCAGAGUCAGUGACUCGACUGGUGGAAGAGCCAGAGGGCGAGUCGACUCCUUCAAAGGAGCACUCCCAGAUCCGUUGGACAGCCCAGUGGGAUCUGCCGACUCAGGAGGAGUCGAAGUCACCUCGACUCAUGGAGUCGGAGGCGACACCAGUGGCGAAGCUGGCUGCCUCGGAGUCGACCCUCUUCGUGGUGGAGGAGAAGGCGCAGGUCAACCUGGCGCAAGAGGGGGACUCCAAGGAGGGUGUCUGGUACCUCGACUCGGGCGUGACCAAUCACAUGACUAGUGAUCGCGCUGCAUUCGCAGAGCUCAACACGAGCGUCACCAGCUCCAUCAAGUUCGGAGACGGCUCCACCGUCGACAUCAGCGGGCAAGGGACAGUGUUGUUCGUCUGCAAGUCAGACGAGCACCGAGCCAUCACCGGGGUGUACUACAUACCCCGGCUGAACACGCACAUCAUCAGCCUAGGCUAG